AAUGAAAUAAUUCGACAUGACAAAAUUAUAACAUAUAUACGAUUUUUUAGUUGAACUUAACCUCAAAAUGUGCGAAAUUACUAGAAAUAAUUUUCAAGAGAAACUUCCAGAAAUCAAAGCGGCAAUCGACGACGCAAAAUUUAUCGCAAUUGACUUAGAAUUCAGCGCCCUGACACCGUUAAAAAACGAACGAUACAGGCUUUUUGACACGCCGGCAGAACGUUACGCAAAGUUAAAACGCAACAUCGAACAAGUAAUUCCACUACAAAUCGGCCUGACAACUUUCGACUUCGAUCCCAAAACUUUUAAAUAUGUGGGCACUGUUUACACAUUUAUUGUCCAACCUGCCGCCUUCCCCGGCCUUUCCACUAGUUAUUACUUUCAAACUGAGUCGAUACAUUUCCUGACACUUUUCGGUUUCGAUUUUAACAAGUUCGCCUUUGAAUCGAUACCGUAUCUCAGAAAAGAUCAAGUCGCAGAUCUGCAAAGGAAAAUUUCCGAAGACGAAAUCGUCGACUGCUUUAAUUUUAGACAUCACAUAGAAGAUUUAUUUAAAAAUGAACUUGACACUGUGGAUGUGUGGUAUGAAAAAGCAAGAAAUGGGGAGAGCCUAUCCUUACCCACAAUUUUUCAAAGGUACCAAGGAAAACAAGACAUAAUAUAUUUUUUACAAAAAAAUCUACGUACCAAAUACGCAAAUCUGUGGACGAAGACCGAUAGUAACGAAUUUAAAGUCUUCAAAAUGCCACCAGAAGAGUACUAUAAGCGGGAAGCGCGUAAUCAUUUAGAAAACGAAUUAUUAGACAACCUGACUGGUUUCACUGAAGUGUUUGAAUGCCUUGUUCAAGCCAAAAAGCCAAUAGUGGGCCACAAUUGCCUGAACGACCUAAUGUUACUCAUAACCAGCUUCCACUGUGAACUGCCUAACAAAUACAAAGACUUUAAAAUCAUGUGCAAUGAUUUAUUUCCCAUAAUUUUCGACACAAAACACAUCUCGUACAAUUUACUUAAGUGUGCACCGGGAGUCAGCAAAUUUGAUAACAGCCUGAGCACCUUGUACAAAUUUUUCAACAGCAAUGUGGCUGAUAAACUUGCCCUAAACGCCCCCAAAAUCACUUUCAUUAGUGAUUGCGAGGGUAACUAUCACAAUGCUGGUUGGGAUUCGUUCUGUUCCGGGUAUAUCUUUAUUAGGAUGGCCUACUUGAACGUCUACAAACAAUAUCCAAAGACAAAGAAGUUUGUUCACUCCGAAUUAUUGGGUGGACUGAUCGAGUACAAAAACAGCAUUAAUCUCAUCAGGGGGCCAAUUAAUAGUAUUAAAUUGGACGGAGAGGACCCCAGAAGUAGGCGACCACCGUUACUGAUUGUUGAAUCCACGAGGAAACCAAUCAAUAUUUCACAAGUGGCUUCCAUGUUGGGCAACAUUGGGUAUGUGGAAAUCAAGAAGAUCCCCCUGAAAAACAACCAGGCGUUAGUCGCGGUGGACAAUUAUGGAAAUGCCAGGAGGAUUUUAGAGUCGUUUCGUGCGAACGAUCAUUUCAAAAUACGACAGUACAACGUGUUCAAACAUUCGCCAGUGAUCAGAGUGGUCGUGGUAGGCGGUAUCGUAAUUUCUGGUGCAAUAAUCGUCUGGCUCAUACAUUCCUAUCAAUAAAAAAUGAUAUUGCAACAAAAUAAAGUAUUUUUUGUAUAUUAAUAAAGAGUUUCAAAUCGUU